AUGAGUGGUGGUUGCGUCACACGGAAAGUGAGGGGCAUACAAUUUGGUGUACUUUCGCCGGAUGAAAUCAAGCGGAUGUCUGUUACGGACGGAGGCAUUACACGCGCAAUUAUCGUGGAGGAUGGACGUCCUGCAAUAGGUGGCUUAAUGGAUCCUCGCCAAGGCGUGGUUGACCGUGAAUCGCGUUGCCUUACAUGCGCCGGCAAUAUUGUCGACUGUCCCGGCCAUUUUGGCCACAUUGAAUUGAGUUUACCAGUUUUUCAUAUUGGAUUUAUAUUGAAAACUAUAAAAAUAUUACGCUGUGUGUGUUUCUCUUGCUCCAAGCUUUUGGUAUCACCCUCUAAUCCAAAGGUAAAGGAGGUGCUAAAUUCUACCAAAGCACGUCCACGCAUGCGUCUCAGUCUUAUGCGUGAAUUGUGCAAGACGAAGACGAUUUGCGAGGGCGGCGAAAAUAUAGAUAUCGCCAUUAGAGGCACAAACGAACGUAACCUUUCGGAUCAUGGCGGUUGUGGUCAGCAUCAACCGCAAAUCACACGCCAAAAGCUAGAAUUGCACGCUACUUGGCAUCGCUUUGUUGAGCAUCGUCAAGAGCGCCAAAUUAUUCUAACAGCAGAACGUGUGCUGGAAAUUUUCCGUAAUAUCUCCGAUGAAGAUUGUGUAUGUUUAGGUAUGGAUCCACAGCACUGCAGACCAGAUUGGUUACUCAUUUCGGUGCUGCCAGUGCCUCCUCUAUCAGUUCGUCCAUCUGUACAAAUGUGUGGUAGCUCACGUUCACACGACGAUAUUACACACAAAUUGGCGGAUAUAAUCAAAGCCAAUAAUGAGCUGAGAAAAUGCAUUGAAACAGGCGCCGCAGACCACUUGAUUCGGGAGUGUUCCUCUCUAUUGCAGUUUCAUGUGGUUACCCUUAUAGACAAUGAAAUUCCUGGUUUACCACGUGCUCUGCAAAAAUCUGGACGCCCAUUGAAGAGUAUUAAAGCUCGCUUGAAGGGGAAGGAAGGACGUAUACGGGGCAAUUUAAUGGGCAAACGUGUAGAUUUCUCUGCACGUACUGUAAUCACGCCUGACCCAAACUUAAAUAUCGAUCAAGUGGGUGUACCACGCUCUGUAGCGCAGAACCUGACAUACCCUGAGGUGGUUACACCAUUUAAUAUUGAGCUAAUGCAAACCCUUGUUCAGCGUGGUAAUACACAAUUCCCUGGCGCUAAGUACAUAAUACGCAAUAAUGGCGAUCGUAUCGAUUUGCGUUUUCAUCCCAAACCCAGUGACCUACAUCUUGAACUUGGCUACAAAGUAGAACGCCAUUUGCGGGACAAUGAUUUAGUGAUUUUCAAUCGUCAGCCCACAUUACAUAAAAUGUCAAUGAUGGGUCAUCGUGUCAAAGUUUUGCCUUGGUCCACAUUUCGCAUGAAUCUAUCGUGCACCACUCCCUAUAAUGCCGACUUCGAUGGCGAUGAAAUGAAUUUACACGUACCACAGAGCAUGGAAACACGCGCUGAAAUUGAGAAUCUUCAUUUAACACCGCGACAAAUAGUCACCCCUCAAACCAAUAAGCCAGUAAUGGGUAUAGUACAGGAUUGUUUGACUGGUGUGUGCAAGAUGACGAAACGUGAUGUUUUCAUAACUCAUGAGCAGCUAAUGAAUUUACUGAUGCAUAUGCCGUGUUGGGAUGGUGUAGUGCCAAAGCCAUGCAUUCUCAAACCAACAGUUCUUUGGUCGGGCAAACAACUUUUUUCGUUAAUUAUACCUGGAAAUUUGAAUAUGAUACGAACACACUCAACCCAUCCGGAUGAAGAAGAUGAAAGCCAAUAUCGUUGGAUCUCACCGGGUGAUACAAAAGUAAUUGUAGAGUAUAGCGAGCUUAUUAUGGGUAUACUAUGUAAACGCACUCUGGGUGCCACCGCUGGUUCCCUGCUGCACAUCGCCUACAUCGAGCUGGGGCAUCAAAUUGCUGGCGAAUUCUAUGCAAAUAUUCAAAAAGUGGUAAAUGCUUGGCUGUUACUCGAAGGUCAUAGCAUUGGUAUUGGCGAUACCAUUGCCGAUCCAGCCACAUACAAGGAGAUACAGAACGCCAUUGCCAAGGCAAAAAAUGAUGUGAUGUUAGUCAUACAGAAGGCGCAUCACAUGCAGUUGGAGCCCACACCGGGUAAUACAUUGCGCCAGACUUUCGAGAAUCAAGUAAAUCGCAUAUUGAACGAUGCACGCGAUAAAACUGGUGGUUCUGCCAAGAAAUCCCUCACAGAAUAUAAUAAUUUAAAGGCCAUGGUAAUUGCCGGUUCGAAAGGCUCUAACAUAAAUAUAUCGCAAGUGAUCGCCUGCGUAGGCCAACAGAACGUUGAAGGCAAGCGUAUACCUUUUGGUUUUCGUAAACGCACAAUGCCCCAUUUCAUAAAGGAUGAUUAUGGCCCCGAGGCACGUGGUUUCGUCGAGAACUCAUAUCUAGCGGGGUUAACACCGAGCGAGUUUUACUUUCAUGCUAUGGGCGGACGCGAAGGAUUAAUCGAUACAGCUGUGAAGACUGCAGAAACGGGUUACAUUCAGCGACGCCUAAUAAAGGCAAUGGAAUCGGUUAUGGUGCACUACGAUGGUACUGUACGCAAUGCUGAGAGUCAAAUCAUACAAUUACGUUACGGUGAGGACGGACUCUGUGGUGAAUCGGUGGAGUUUCAAACACUACCCGCUAUACAGUUAUCCAAUAAAGCCUUCGAGAAGCAAUUCAAAUUCGAUGUCACACAGACACGAAAUUUACGCAAAUACUUUAGCGAGGAGACAAUACGCGAUAUAACUGAAUCUAGCGAGAUCAUUCCGCAGCUAGAGGUAGAGUGGGACCAAUUGUGCCGUGACCGCGAGGCUUUGCGAGAGAUUUUCCCCACCGGAGAUUCAAAGGUGGUAUUGCCAUGCAAUUUGCAGCGCAUGAUUUGGAAUGUACAGAAGAUCUUUCAUGUCGACAAACGUGCAACCAGCGCACUCAACCCUUUGGACGUAGUUAAAGGUGUUCGAGAGCUGCUAAAGCAAUGCGUUAUUGUUCCUGGCACUGAUUACAUUUCCCAGCAAGCUAACGACAAUGCCACCUUCCUAUUUCAAUGCUUGGUACGCUCUACUCUAUGCUCCAAGGUAGUCGCUGAAAAUCAUCAUUUAACACCAGAAUCCUUCGAGAUGUUGCUUGGCGAAAUUGCUACCAGAUUUCAACUCUCACAAGUUUGUCCCGGUGAAAUGGUGGGUGCACUUUCUGCCCAAUCGCUUGGUGAACCAGCCACUCAAAUGACGCUCAACACUUUUCAUUUUGCGGGCGUUUCGGCGAAAAAUGUUACCUUAGGUGUGCCACGCUUGAAGGAGAUUAUCAAUGUAUCUAAACGUCCACGUUCACCAUCGCUAACAGUUUUUCUAACCGGCAAACCAGCGCGUGACGUGGAAAAAGCUAAAGAUGUACUGUGCCGUUUGGAGCAUACGACCCUAAAGAAAGUCACUGCCAACACGGCCAUCUACUAUGAUCCAGAUCCGAUGAAUACCGUAGUACACGAAGAUCAGGAAUUCGUUAAUAUAUACUAUGAGAUACCAGAUUUUAAUCCGAGCGAAAUUUCCCCUUGGCUUUUGAGGAUAGAACUCAAUCGCAAACAUAUGACCGAAAAGAAACUCACCAUGGAACAUAUUGCAGAACGCAUUGCCGCCUCUUUCGGUGACGAUAUAAAGUGUAUUUUCAAUGAUGAUAAUGCACCGCGUUUGAUAAUGCGUAUACGCAUUACGAACACACCGAAUCCGGAGAAUAAAUUUCGAGGCGAUGAACUUGCCGAGGAAGAAGCUGAGCUUGCGCGCUUGGAUGACAAUAUGUUUCUACGUUGUAUCGAAAGCAAUAUGCUGUCGGAUAUGACCCUGCAAGGCAUCGAAUCCAUUUCCAAAGUAUAUAUGCAUUUGCCCCAGGUGACCAAUAAGAAACGUAUCUACAUCACCGAAACGGGUGAAUUCAAAUCGGUUGCUGAGUGGCUGUUGGAAACCGAUGGUACCGCACUGAUGCGCGUGCUAAGUGAACGUAAUGUCGAUCAAACGCGAACCUGCAGCAACGAUAUUUGUGAAAUGUUUACGGUGUUGGGCAUCGAAGCGGUGCGCAAGUCCAUUGAGAAAGAAAUGAAUAAUGUGCUGCAAUUUUACGGCUUAUAUGUCAACUAUCGCCACUUGGCAUUACUCUGCGACAUUAUGACCGCCAAAGGACACCUAAUGGCAAUCACUCGUCAUGGCAUUAAUCGUCAACAGACUGGCCCUUUGAUGCGUUGCUCUUUUGAGGAAACGGUUGACGUGCUACUGGACGCUGCGGCUCAUGGUGAACGCGACGCCAUGCGUGGGGUAUCGGAAAACAUUGUAAUGGGCCAGAUGCCACGCAUCGGCACCGGUUGCUUCGAUAUGAUACUUGAUGCCAGUAAAUGCAAAUUGGCCAUGGAAGUGGAUUCAAUUAACAAUAAGAAUGCCUUGUUUUACGGUUCGAUGUUCACACCGAAUAUUUUAGCAGGCAGCGGGCGCAGUGGUAUAAUAGAAUUCUCGCCUGGCCUAGGCGAUGGUCUUACUCCACAAUCUACACGCUCUGCUUGCUUCUCACCCCUCUCCAAUAUGAGUUCGCCCACCUUAACACCAGAUGAUUUCUGCAACUCACCAUAUUCUUCACCAUCAACAGCAUCGCUCAAAUCAUAUUAUGGUGGUUCCUCGUACUAUUCGCCUGUGUCGUCGGUAUAUGAGCCAACAGCGAAGAGCUGUAGCAACGAUUUGCUAACUACUCUAAUGCAGUCUCCCAAAUAUUCGCCAACUUCACCAGAAUUCUCUCCGAGUUACCAGCGUUAUCUGCCAGCUCACUCACCACAAUCACCUUCAAACAAUAGCGCCACAUUCUAUUCCCCAGCUAGUCCGACAAUUUCGUACAAUAGUAUUUCCGGUUCAACGCAUUAUUCGCCAACUUCACCCAGUUAUUCCCCUCAAACGAAUAGUUAUUCCCCCACUUCACCCUCCUAUUCACCUACUGUUAUGAGUUCAAGCAAAAACUGCAGUAACUUUUCCCCGAGCUCACCAACAAGCCACAAUGACUCACUAUAUUCUCCAUCUUCACCACUCAACACCCCAGACUCCUUGAAUGAAGAUGUAACAAAAGCUAAAAGUAGUGGCUCCAAACGCCCCGAUCCUAAGAAAUAUCGCUCAACGCCAUAUUUCUUUGCCGAAAGUAACACAACUCCAUCGAGCAAUGCUCAAUACUCACCCACAAGUCCAAUUUACACCCACUACUCCCCGUCCAGCCCGAAUUUUGUAGUUCAAACACCACAUUACUCGCCUUCGACGCUUAGCUACAAUCCUUCUAGUCCAAGUUACACACCGGUUAGCCCAUCAUUUUCCACAAAUUCACCCCAAUAUUCGCCGUUAAGUCCGAAAAUCAACUAUUCGCCUACGAUCACUUCACCUCAAUUUAUUUCACCACGUUCGCCACAACAGUAUUCAGCUUCUUCGCCUUCUUCGCCAAGUCCACGCUACUCAAGCACUUCGUCCGCAGCCUAUUCGCCUACCUCGCCAACUUACUCGCCCAAUUCAAAUCGUUACUCCCCCACAAGCCCACAAUACUCAAAUAAUCCUGUUAGUCCCAUUUAUUCGUCUAUAUCUCACUCAGAUGUUGCUUAUUCACCAAUUAGUCCUAGUUAUUAUUCAUCCUCGCCAACGAGUCCUGUUUACAGUCGUAGUGAAUCGCCUAUGUCACCUCAGAGUCCCGUUAGUCCACAGUAUUCCCCAACUUUGACUUGA